CUGGUGUUAUAACAGUCUACGUCUACCUGAGCUACGAUGAUUCCUUCAACCGUCUGAAUCUAGUUUCAAACCUUAAAAUUUUCGUGAACUUCGAUUGCCCGCUGCCGGAAUUCAUCUAUGGUUUCUUGACGAGGAUAUUUUGCAAUGGGUAUUGAUUUGGAUCCAUUGGAUGAUAUUUUUGCUGAUGAAGCAGUGAAGAAUGCACGGGCAGUAGGCAAGUUUCAGCCAAAGUCAAAGUUCCGACCGCCGAGAAAGGACGCAGCAGCAACUUCACUUUCUUCCUCACAAGCAGCCCAAACCAUUGAUCCUGCACAGAGCGAAUCAAGCGACCCUAGGAGACGUGCAGAGUCAUCAGAAAAAGUGAUUUCAGGUCUGGAUGUUGUGUCUAACUAUGAUGGAGGCUGGCAUGCUUCCAUUGAAAAGUCAGUGACAGAGAAUGCUGACAUAUUUAUUGGGUUGGAAGCACUUGGUGAUUUUCUUCCUCACACGACUACUGAUAUGGGAGGAGGGCCUGCUCCUGUUAUUUCUUCUGUUGGGGAUUCAACCCACAGAUGUAAGGUGGCUGAUGUUCCCAAAUGUCAUGAAUUGUCAGCGGCCGUAGAUCCUGUAACUGCUGGGAAGCCUAUUGUUUCAAGUAGUGAUGGAUGUGGUCGCAUGCAUGAUAAAGAAUUGGGAAGAGAGGAAAUGGAUAUUAUGGACUCUAUUAAUGCAUCUGAGUUUACAACCAACUCUGGACAUAGAACAGGAAAAUUUCAGCCAAAACCGAAAUUACAAAUGCAUGAAGUUAAACCUGCCGAGUCGCUUUCUUGCUCACUUGGUUCACAAUCUGUUCCACCUGAAAUUAGUUAUGCGGAGAAGGAUUUUAGUCCUACAUUUCAACAAGAUGAUGUUCUUGAUCUUUCAUCCCUAGGAUUCACUCAUACCUUGCCAACUGAAGCGUCCUCUGAACUUCCUCUGAAUGAAGAGUCUAUGAAUCUUACGGAGAUGACCCAGUUGGAUUCGGGCAUUCCUCUGGAGUGUCCGCCUGAAAUUCCUGCAAAACUUGCUUCUCGGCGGGCAAAGAUAGGAAGGAAUAAGACUCAAACAGCAUUAGAUCCUUCUCAACAGCAGCAAAAGACUUCCACAUCCUGUCAGGAGAAUGAAAUGGGUAGAUCAUUACGGCCUAGAAAAAGCAAAACAAAUUUUUGUGAACUAGGAGAUGAGGUGGAGGAUGUAGUCCGUGCUAGUGAGGAAUUUUCUGAAGAAUGUCCUGUCAAUUCUGCUGCAGAGGAGGAAACUGUUAAUAAUGAGGAAUUCCAAGUGGAAAGUGAUUCACAAAUGAAAAAGGUGAAGCAGAAGUUUGAAAAACCAGUCAGGAAGAGGAAGGAGACUGAAGCAUCGGAUAAGGAUGCAAAGCCUAAAAAGUUCUCUCACUCUACUCGGCGAAGGCGAGUGGACAAGGUUUUGCUUGCAACUCCUGAAGAUGAGAUUGAAUACCAAAAGGUUCCUCUUAGGGAUUUGAUUCUGCUGGCAGAGCACAAGGAGCGGGAGAUGAAAAAAGAAGAGGCGGGAGCAGGAGUAACAGCAAAUAAACAAAGUAAUGGUAAUUCUUCAAGCCGAUACAAUCAAGAAGAGACCUUCACUUCUGAACAAAAUGGAGAAUAUAAUGAUGGACAAGGAAGCCCUAGGAUUGAAGAGAGCCCCAUCUACUUCAAUUAUCACACCCACAUGGACAGAACACCCAGCAUCAGAUGGUCCAAACAGGACACAGAGUUGUUCUAUGAGGCUGUGAGGCAGUUUGGGACAGAUCUUUCUAUGAUACAACAACUUUUUCCUGAUCGGACCCGCCGGCAAGUGAAGCUGAAAUACAAAAAAGAAGAACGGCAACAUCCAUUGAGGCUCCGUGAAGCUUUGACUAACCGUACCAAAGAUCAUUCCCAUUUUGAAAAGGUCAUAGAACGCUUAAAGCAAAUUGCCGCAGAAGAAAAUCAGAAUGCUGAUAAUGAUGAAUCAAUAGAUUUGACAGGCAAUGAAGUGGAUGAGGGGACUUUGAAUGCUGGUGAUGAAGAAGCCAAAGAUGAGCACAUUGAUGAAGAGGUGAAUGAGAAUGUAGAAAACGACUUUACUGAAGUGCAAAGCCCUUCAAAGUCGGAGGAUAUUGAAGAUGAUUUGUUCAUAUGGAGUCAAUAUAAGAGUGGAUAACUGACUAGUGGUAAAAAAAAUCAUAAUGUGACUCUUGUGCUUCUUUUGAAGUGCAAUGAUGAAGCUCUAUGGAAGUUCGAUGCUAUAGGUGCCCACCUCGGGGUCUAUCUUACUCUCAGCAUCAUCCUACUUUGGGCGUACCCUUACUGCAAACAAAGUGAUUGAAGAAUUGUAUGGCGAAGCAACUGCUUAUUGGAAAGUGAAAUCACCCCACCUGAGACACUUCGGUUUUACAGCAACCUUUCUGGCACCUUGGGUUGAUAGGCAGGUAAAAUUAGCUCUUGUUGUUCUAUAUCAGUUAUGGAAAUUUCAUUUUACUUCACAGACAAGUUAGCUAUAUUCUCAGGAUUUUUUUGAAGUGCAGAACAUUUUCAUACAGUUGAGUUUUUUUUCAAUAAUGUAACCGCAGUUGAACAAAACUUCUAUGUCUCACUGUGUUCAGCUCCAGAUAGCAUUUAACAAGUUUGAGUCACUUGCAAUACUCAGUAAUAGAUUUUCCUUAUGCUAUAACAUGCCGCAGAACUUUGUC